AUGGCCUCCACGAAUCAUGGAGGUGGCGGGCGCUUGAGCUGCAGCGCGACGGACCGCAAAGGGCCACCAGCUGGACUCGCUCGCGCCCUUGACUGGCCGCUGAGCAAGGACGAGAAGCGGCAUUGCGCGAUGAAGCUCUUUCAGCGGGAGGUUGAGGCAUCCGCGGAGCAAUUGGACGAGCAGUCUGACCAGAUCGACGAGCUACAGGAAGAGAUCAAGGUGCUGCGCAGGCUGUCCAAUUGCUCCACAGCUGCUGGCUCGUUGUCGCCGGCGUCCGGCGAGGCUCCUGAUCCUGGUGCUGAGGCCGAGCUCCGGGAGAAGGGACCCUGCGAGGAAACGCUGCUGGCCGCAGUGGAAGCUUAUGACACUGCCUGCCAGAGAAGCCACUCGCAACCCAACCGGUCGCCGGAGCACAUUGCCAAGUUCUACGGUGGCUGCGAAGAGCAUGCGGCCGAUUUCUGGGGCUGUGUGGCCGAGAAGGACGAUCUCAGCCCACUGGAGGCUGCCAUGUGGCUUGCAAAGUCGUUGCCUGUCCCGAUCAUCAUGGAGGGGCGAGCGAGAGCGAGGCGCUGGCGGGCGUCCUUGCUCCGUGGCGGUCGCAGCCGCGCGGGCUUCGAGGAGUUGCGCGCGCGGGCAUGGGCAGCUGCCGAGGCACCAGCGCUCCGGCUGGAGGCGCAGCGUGAGCUGCGGCGAGCCUUCCGAGGUGAAGUCUUUCUGGACACGCCGGGCUUUACAGAAGCCGUCGUGGGCAUUUCGCAAACGAUCUCAGCCCCAUCUGGCGACCACGUGCCCGGCUCCACCCACAUCGCGGCCCUCCUCCUGUUUGGCUUGAUCCCCGACAGCGCCACGUUGGAGGAGGCCGAGGCAGAUGCCUUCUGGUGCUUCUUCGAGUUGCACACAGAGAACAAGAACUCGCCAACCGAUCGCAGAGCCAAGCGGCUGCAGGAGCUGCUCCGCACCUUCGAUGAUGAGCUCUGCGAGGCUCUGACUCGGCAGGGCCUCAUCUUCGUGGCGGCACGCUUGGGUGAGGCCCUCUUCGCAUCGGGUGGCUUCGCAUUGGAGCCAUGCGCAAAGCUCUGGGAUGUCAUGCUCAACGAUGCUGAGCGCUUCGCCUUUAGUGACUGGGUGUUGUGCGCGCUGGUCUUGCUAAACCGCUUCCAGCUUCUGCGCAUCGCUGACGAUGCUGCGCAGUUGGCGGAGGCACUCCAGGCUUUGCCUCGCACUGUGCCAGUUGUGCGCACCCUCCGCUUUGCUGCGGCGCUGCGCGCUGCAGCGCGACGACGGCAGCGCAGAGACACGAAGGUGAGUCGGGCACGAGUUCGAUCGCCACAGCUGGAUGAGGAGGCCCAGGGCCCUCUCCAGGUCCUCGGCUCUUGGUUCGGUCCGGGCCUCAUCCAACCUUGCUUCGUUGCCUUGUCAUGGGGCUCCAUCUUUUAUUGCUAG